AGGGCCUCCAAACGUGACGUGCUUGACUACCAACACCUCUAUUGUCUCCUCUGCGCAAAAUUACAAACAUAUGGCGCAGAAAUUACACUCCACCGAUUAGCUUUAUCCGUUGAACCCUCUGCUUAUUGCUAUUGCAAUGGCUAUGGCUAUGGCUAUGGCUCUGGGUAAUCCAUCCAUGGCUCUGCCCCUUCGCUCUCCUUUUCACCGCAAACACGCCUUCAUCAACAAUACUAUCCACGGCAUUUCCCGUUUCACCACCAAUACCAAGCUCCCUUUCUUUCAAUGCACUUCUCCCCCUAACUGCCGCCUCAAUUCCUUUUCUACUCCCAAAUCGGCGUCUAUCAAUGGAUUCUCCGUGCAUAAUAGCAAUCCGGAAGGGUCUGAGAAUGACCAGGUUGAGUUCCCCGAGAGGUUCCGAGAAUUGGUCCAUUUUAUUCGAUCAAUUUGGCCCGGUGGAAGUUGGUGGAGCUUAUCUGAUCAUGCGGACUUCAUAAUGACGGCAAAGCCGGUGACUGUGUUGCGUGCACUUCAACGGAUGUGGGACUUGGUUGCUAAAGAUCGAUGGAUCAUCUUUGCUGCCUUUUCCGCCUUAGUUCUCGCUGCGGUUUCAGAGAUCUCCAUACCUCAUUUCUUGACAGCAUCAAUCUUCUCUGCACAGAGUGGUGAAAUUGUGGUGUUCCACCGGAAUGUUGGUCUCUUGGUUUUUCUAUGUUUUGCUUCAGGAAUAUGCAGUGGUCUUCGAGGUUGCUGCUUUGGCAUAGCAAACAUGAUCCUUGUCAAGCGAAUGAGGGAAACCUUAUAUUCUGCUCUACUUUUUCAGGACAUAUCCUUUUUCGACAAUGAAACUGUUGGUGAUUUGACCAGUAGGCUUGGGGCAGAUUGUCAGCAAGUGUCACGUGUUAUUGGAAAUGAUCUUAAUCUUAUUCUGCGCAAUGUUCUUCAGGGGACAGGCGCGUUGAUAUACUUGCUAGUCUUGUCAUGGCCGCUUGGUUUAUGUACAAUGAUGAUAUGUUCUACUCUGUUAAUAAUUAUGCUAUUAUAUGGCAGGUACCAGAAGAAAGCAGCAAAAUUAAUCCAAGAGUUCACUGCUUCUGCUAAUGAGGUUGCCCAGGAAACAUUCUCUUUGAUGAGAACUGUUCGUGUUUAUGGAACAGAGGAACAAGAAGUUGGAAGGUACAAGCAGUGGCUGGGAAAAAUAGCUGAUAUAAGCUUGCGGCAAAGUGCUGCAUAUGGAUUGUGGAACCUGAGCUUCAACACUCUUUAUCACUCAACACAGGUUAUUGCUGUGCUGAUAGGAGGAAUGUCUAUUCUGGCUGGUCAUAUAACAGCAGAGCAACUUACAAAGUUUAUAUUAUACAGUGAGUGGCUGAUUUAUUCAACAUGGUGGGUGGGGGACAAUUUGUCAUCAUUGAUGCAAUCUGUUGGGGCAAGUGAAAAAGUCUUCCAAUUGAUGGAUCUCUUGCCUAGUGACCAGUUCAUAUCUAAAGGAUUAAAGUUACAAAGACUGUUAGGACAUAUUGAGUUUGUGAAUGUAUCCUUUUAUUAUGCUUCAAGGGCAAUGGUACCUGUACUGCAACAUGUAAACAUUUCUGUGCAUCCUAAUGAAGUGCUUGCAAUCGUUGGUCUUAGUGGUAGUGGAAAAAGCACAAUAGUGAAUCUUUUGCUCCGUCUUUAUGAGCCAACGGAUGGUCAGGUUUUGAUUGAUGGCUUCCCCCUUCAAGAGUUGGACGUCAAGUGGUUGAGGGAGAGAAUUGGAUUUGUGGGACAGGAACCCCGACUUUUCCGUAUGGAUAUCAGUUCAAACAUACGCUAUGGAUGUACCCGGGAUAUUAAGCAGAAGGAUGUGGAAUGGGCUGCCAAGCAGGCAUAUGCCCAUGAUUUCAUCUUGUCACUCCCUAAUGGUUACAAGACACUUGUUGACAAUGAUUUACUGAGUGGGGGACAAAAGCAGCGAAUUGCUAUUGCUCGAGCCCUUCUUAGGGAUCCCACCAUUUUGGUCCUUGAUGAAGCCACUAGUGCACUGGAUGCAGAGAGUGAACACAAUGUCAAGAAUGUUCUUCGUGCUCUCAGAAGUGACUUGAAGACAAAGAGAACGGUCAUAGUAAUUGCACACAGACUCUCUACGAUACAAGCUGCUGAUAGAAUAGUGGUUAUGGAUGGUGGCCGAAUUGUUGAGAUGGGGAGUCACAUGGAGCUUCUCCUUAAAGACGGUAUAUAUGCCCGAUUGACUAGAAGGCAGGCUGAUGCUGUAGCAUGACAUAGGGGCUAGUGGAUGCAGAAGAUAUUGCCUUCUACUUUUUCCUCUGGUUUCUUUCUGAUCAGCUCCAGUAUAGAGGUUUAAGCAAUUCUUUUUAGUGCUGACCCAUAUAUUUCUACAGGUAAAAAUUUAGAAACAGAAAGAUUAAGGUAUCAUUGAAGUGGUUGGGAUGCUGCCGAAUCAACCCCUGUAAAGUAUGCAAUGCUGCUCCAAAAGGAAUUUGCUGCACCAAAAUAUCUCAUUUCUUUUGUUUCUAUUUUGUAAUUCUUUUAUUGGUGGAUGAUCCUAAACUGUUAUCUAAGAAGCAUGGGGUGCAUAUAGAUAGCAGUAGCAGAGAAUGAAAUGCUACUUGGAUCUUAUACCAGUUGCUGACACAUGUAAUUCACUCUCUUACCUUGCUUAAAUUCAUUGAAAUACUUGCGACGAAAGCCUCAAA